UCACUGCCCCUCCAAAAGAAACCAAAGUGGCCAAGCUCAAAGUCUGCCAUUCGUAAGCAACGGAACCACCUGAAGACACACCUCCUCCCAUCCUCUGGAAGGAACGCGAGCUAGAGUAGUGUCCACCUUUAUCAACGCUCGAUCACCAAAACACCAUCAACCACAAACAACAUGGCGACCGUGUCGCGGCAACAGAUGCUCAGCGUCGUCCCCCUAUUGCUCAUCCUAGUAGUAGCAGUAGCGCUAGUGCAGGCGGAACCGAUCCUGAAGAUCCGCUCGACUGAUUUUUCCCGCUUUAACGAAUCGAGCGCCGAGUUUGUCAGCUCGAGGUCGUACAAUGCGCGCGGCAUGGCACCGCUGUACGAGAUCACUAACCAUGUGAUCAAUUUGUUCGUCGACGAAUAUCCCAUUCCGGAAGGCUACAUCAUCGUCGGCGAAGGUACGAUCCAGGCUGGCCCGAACGUAUCCGACAACAGCUGGGGCCCACUGUUGAAGCAGUACUGGGCGAUCCUGCUGGUGACGGCGAUAUGCGUCGUCAUGAUCGCGCUCAUGCCCAUCAUCGGCCUGUGUUUGUGCUGCUGCCGGUGCUUCGGCGGAUGCGGUGGCCGAUCGCAACCGUUCGACAAGAAACAUGACACUUGCCGUCGGGCAAUCUUGGGCUUCCUGUUGAUCUGCUCCACCUCUGCUUUGGUGUUCGGUGUGGUGGUUGCGUUCGUGACCAACAGCUACAUGCAGCACGGUGUGGAGAACAUCACCACUUCCGCCCGGCACGGUGUGCAGGACACCCGGCAGUAUCUGCAGACCACCUCGAUGCACAUCGACCACGUGCUGAACAAGAACUAUCAGGAGCUGAACGCCGACCUGAAGGCAAUGCUCAACGAUGCCUCGGACAACAUUAUCCGCCGACUGGAGGAAGAAUCGAAGGCGGAGAAACUGACCGCACUGUACGAGUUUGUCGAGAAGCUUCCGGGCAUCCGGAAGAGUCUUGAGCAGAUGAAGCAACUUACCAGCGAUCUGCGCAUCACCGCAUCCCAGCUAAAUGAUGGAUUGCGAGGCGUAAAACGGGAGCUACUGACGUCCCUGAACAAAUGUGGAACCCCGGAGUGCAGCAAAGUGAUGGAGGACUACAAGAUCGGCCGCCUGAAUGUGAACGGAAUCGAUUACAACUCGCUGCCCGAUUUAUCCGAAAUCAUCGACAGUGUCAAGAAGCUCACGGACAGCAGCCUGGGCAGUGCGAUUCACGACGGUGUCAAGCAGAUGGACCAGCUCAAGGAAACUCUCACGCAGACCGUCUCCUCAACCAUUCCGAGGGUGGAACUCGCCACAAAUUCGACUGGCAAGGCAAUCAAGGAGGUUUCGGACAUGAUGACGACGCGCCUGACUAAUAUUGGUGACGUGCUGGGUAACAACUCCUUCCGUCAUUUGGACACGGCCGACGACUACAUUACGCAGUACAGCAUCUACCGUUACUAUGCCGGGUUGGGUAUUAGCUCGGUGUUGCUGCUGAUUCUCAUCUGUCUCGUGUUCGGUUUGCUGUGCGGAAUCUGCGGCAAGCGGCCGGACGGCUAUGGUGACGAUUGCUGUAACAAGGGUGCCGGUGGCCGGUUCAUGAUAUUGGCGGUCACCAUCAUAUUCCUCACGUUCUCGGUCAUCCUAGCCGUGGCGCUAGCAUCGUUCCUGAUUGGUACCGUGGCGCGGCGGGCCGCCUGCGAUUCGCUCCGUGAUCCGGCCGACGAUCAAAUCAUCAACUACAUCGAUGAGUUCAUCAACCUGAACCGUCUCUACUCGGAGCUCCGCGUGCAAGUGGAACGCUCCAAACCGAAGCUACUGGCCAGCGAUACGACUGAGAUCGAGAAGAUUCACCUCGGUGCAAUGAUUGCGGCCUGUCAACGGAACGAGUCGAUUUAUAAGGUGCUGAAGUUGCACAACUUUGUCGACAUUCGCUCGAUAAAGAACUUACCGGAGGAAAGUGGCAUCAUGGGCGCGCUCGAUGAGCUUACGAAUUCAAUCAAGAUCGACCGGGUCUCGAUACUAACGGAGGAAGCGCAAAACGAUAUCGAAACGUUACGUAAUUCGAAAUUAAAUGACUUCGACGUGGAUAAAUUUACGGAUAAUUUGACCUUCAAUAUAACCGAGUAUAACUUGAAUGAGAUCGCCGAAAAGCUGCGAGAGGUUGCAAAUAAGGUACUGCCCGGAAAGGAAAUGAACGACAUUAAAGUGAACCUGAAAAAUCAAGCGCUCCACCUGUCUUCCUAUCAGACGAAUCUCGUCGAUCCGAUGAUCGCCUCGACGAAUCAACUGAUCAAACUGUCCACCGAUCUGGACAAUAAAUUGAAGUUUGGCGAAAGGUCGUUCUCCGAUGCCAUCGACAAGUUCCUGACGCAGAUCAAGGAUGCGGAAAACUAUAUCAACGCGAACGGCAAUGCGUUCGUGCAUAACAUCACGCUGGAGCUGGUGACCGGGUUCACUGAGCAGAUAUUUGCCUACAUCAAUCUGGUGGUUGAUUCCACGCAGAACGAUAUCGGUCUGUGCGGACCAGUGCACAAUGUCUACCAGUCGGUCAUUGUGGCGUCCUGCAAUCGCAUCGUCGAUCCAUUCAAUGGAUUCUGGGCUGGAGUCGUCUGGUGUCUGCUGUUGUUCCUGCCAUCGAUCAUAUUCGGUGUGAAGCUGUCCACGCUGUACCAAAAAUCGGACCCCUAUCCCGGGCCGAUGGUGGAAUCUGAGUAUCUGUACGAUGCCUACACCGAGCGUGAUAACAUUCCUCUUGCGAGUGGACCGAAAAACAAGCGCCGCAAGAAGCAGGAUCGACGCCGCGAGUCACGUGAUCGACGGGAAAUCUAUUAUGAGGAGGGUAGUCCGUCGCAUAGUCGCGAUCCACGGUACAACGAUAUGGCCCCGAAAAACUGGGAUGGUGCUCCGCCUCGCUACCAGAAUCCACCGAUGGCACCACCGGCGGCCGAGUACGAGCGUCCCCCGCCAUACUACUACCCGGGAGCCCCGAGUGAACACGAGUAAGCCAUUUCCCGUUCCUUUGUUCCGGCUUCGAAGAUGCAAUGGUGUCCCCCACACGGACGCUUGGAACGGAAUAGGAACACAAGGAGAACGCCAUUUGGGACAACCUUACCUUCCGUACGAGCCACAAGCAUUGCACACGUUGUACAACACAGAAACAAAACACAUCGCCUCUUCCACAGUACGUGUGCCAAGCUUCGGAUCGUUGGAAGUUGGAAGGGAAAAGCGGCCAGCGGGUGUUGGAUGGAGAAUGUUUCGGUGUUUUUUUUUAUUAUUUACAAAAAUCGCCAUUGACGACGGAUUUACACAGUACGAACAUUACGAUUUUGAUUGGUAAAACCAUGCGCAUGCUUAAAUUGAGACUAAUUUGUGUAGAACGGAAAGUAAUGCUUUUGUAGUAUUUCUUUUUAUUAAUAUUUUUCAUAGAACUUUCACUCAACAGAAAUUUACGGUUAAUGCAGGCGAACGUGGAACCAUCGAUAGGGUCUAGGGAGAAUUGCAUUUGAUCAUACUAUGCGAAGAUGAUACACAACAAUCCGCCAACAAACAGCAUUUAAAAGAAGUAAUUUAUGUACGUAAACAUUUGAAAAAUAACCUUACAUUGGUUCAGCAAAAAAAGCCCCGAUCAACAAACAUAUAAUCAUAUAGGCUAAAAUUAUAUAUUUCAUGGAUUCGAUCGAUGCGUUGCUCGUACAAGGCAUUUGUUAUAUUACUUUAUGAACUACAGCAAUGCGGGAAUAAAAAGGGAUAUUUAAUGGAAGCAAAAAAACAGCGCGUGGACAGAUACAUAUUAACCCAAAUACAUUCAUUCCAAACGACCAAAUUUUGAAGCACCUGCUCCGUUUCGGAAUAGUGUUCAGAAAUGGCAUCAACAAAGAAACACCAUUUGGCACGCAUUGGUUGCUCAAGGGAAUUCGAAAUCGUUUACGAUAAGUUUUGAUUUUUAACACGCAAGGGAACGUGAACAUUUCUUGCCCCGUAACAUCAAGUGCACCCGGGGUGGGGGGCAUGCCCAAUCAGUCUUUUCUUGGACACAAUCUAACUAACUAACUGCCCUCGAAAGUAUAUGAGAAUUAGGUUUACUAUUGGCGCGUCGGGGGCGUGCAGGUGAUGGGGAAAGAUUAUGGAAAUGCUCAGUUUACCAGUAGCAGAGAUUAGCAGAUCGCGAUACUGUAGCGAAUUUAGUGCAUCGAAUGCGGGUAAAGUUACGCAUUAAAUUGCUAGACAAGAAUCCGGUAGUUUCCCAUGAACAGCGCCCUGCCCAAAGGCUUUAUACGAAUAGUUUCCAAUUGAGUAGCUUCAACGUAUGGUGGUUUUUAUAUAUUGAAAAUGGUCACCCAAGAGUUGCGUGGAAGUUAGUAUGAUAUCGUAAUGAGUCGUUCACAGGUAAAGGCUGAUUAAUUUUACAUCCGGUAAAAAGGCGCAUCUAUAUCUAUCCAGCGGUAUUGAGUGUUAAACGCCGAAAAAAAUGGAGCAAUUGAUUGGUAAAUGAUAUCACGUACUGCAAUUUGUGAUCACCCUGUGCUGAUGAGUUGUGUAGGUUUUGUUUGUUUAUUUUAACGUGUUUCAAAAUUGCCACUCCAAGAGUAGACAAUUUUGCUUUCCUUAGUUUAGUGUACCGCACAUUUGAAGAUUCGAUGUGACAGAUUAGCCACCUUUCUCCCCUCAUUCGAAUCAUAAUGCUUAGGAAGAGAAGAAGAAAGAUCCACUGCAGCGGGUCCCCAUAUUUAGCCGAAUCUCGCGUUUAGUUAGUAGGUCUGCUUACGAACGUUUUAGUUUAUCGAAUCGAAACCAUUUGGGUAAUUUGAUUUGCCUCGUUGCACCCCAGAGCCGAUCGAUAAAUGGCCGGGGUUUGCUGGGCCCGAUUUAGUUUAAUGCAUCGAUUAGUUAAUGUAGUGCUCUUUUUUUAAAUCAAUAUGCAUUAUCGUAUAGUUUCGCCUCCGUUUCGUGUCUUGUCUGGUGACGAAAAAAAGUACGGAUGUUUUUAUUUUUUUUACUAGUGUUUUAUUUUGUCACCUGCCGGUACGAUGCUGCGCGUUCGACUGAACUUUCGUAUAGCAGUCUUUUUUACGUUAUCUCCGUUUCCUUUCAGUAGACCAUUGGAAGGCCUUUUUACAGUGGUAUGAUUUUGUGUGAGAGCGCGUUAUUUUUAACCAAUAGAAACACAAUGUUUGCCACGUCAGAAAAUGUGGGGAGAAUGUGGCUGAAGAAUUGAAAAAUCAACUGCCGUCUUUUCCUGUUGUCCUCAUCUUACCCGCAUGAAGCUAACCGUUAGCGAUAGCGCAGGAUACUCAAAGCGGAGUUCUGCCGAAAAAGGAUAUAACAAGAAGAAGAAAAAGACUUUUCAUAAAGUACCAUUUAGCAAAGCCAACUACAUAAAAACUUUCCCAAUCUAUAGGUGUGAGUGCGUGUGUGUAUGCUUGCGAUGGAGUAAAACACAAACCAUAAAUGACGGUGAAUUUACACGAUUCUUAAUAGUGCGCAACAAACGGAAAUAAAAAAAACGGAAAUAAAUCUAUUAAAACUCUUUUUAUCUUUAUCAAACAAACAAAAUGCCCCAACCGGGCGAAACGACGGUGCACAGGGCACAUACACUACAAACAAAAACACUUGCAAAAUAAAUAAACCCAGCAGACUAGUAAAAACAACAAAAAAACAAACAAGCAAGCAACUACAAUUUAAACAAUAACUCUUUCGUGUAGUCGUUUGAAAGGAUGGCGACAAUUGGAAAUAUAAACCUGAAAUGAUAGGAAAGUGGCGAGAUACGAAAUCUGAUGAAACCAUAAGGCGAGGAAAACUGAAAUAUAACGAAAAAAAAAAAUUGGAACAAAUGAUGAAAAAUGUAUUAAAUGUGAUUUUCGUUUUUCAAUGUCGAAAGCAACAAGUGUAAUCUUUGCACAUUUGUGGACUCUUCUCAAACUGAAACCAUGGGUCGAUAAU